AUGUUGAACGGGUUUGUUUCAGAAGAUAUUAUAAUAGAUAAAAUGACGACGCAGCCAUCAAUUCGAAGACUUGUUCCACUCUUUUUUUCUGUUUUCAUUGCUUCAACAACGUCAGCCAUAAAAACGUACCAAAAAUUCGUUGGCCUUCCAGAAACUGGCGAUAGAGUGGACUACAGUAACGCCAGUGAACACAGCAGGACUUUGAUUAUUCGCCACAAUUUACCAGGAAAAAUAUUUUUUUACGAGAGCAGCGAAUUUUGGAUUGAACUCCUCACCACAACCCCAGAGGACGACAAUAAUUCACUCGUAAAGAUAUCUUACACAGCACUUGCGGAUAACAAUUCAAUAUUGUUAGAAGUGUACGCCCCCCAAAUCAAGCUGUCAGCUGACACGAAUGGAACGGAGAAGCUUCUAGUCAUAAUUUUCAGUGCAUUGGUAUCAUUUUUCGUCCUUGGGCUCAUGGUGUCCGCACUGUGUUAUUUUUGUUACUGGAAAAAGCGGCGAAAAACAGAUGCAAACGAGUCAGUUGAAGGUUUAACCUCCAGCCCGAGUUCUUCGCGUGCCAGUCUGAAUAGCGUUGGGCCCUCACCGAGUGGUACACAGUUCUUGGUGGUGGCAGUUUGCGCAUGUGCGUUACACGCUCAGCUGCAGACAGCGAACGUGGAAAUUACUAUUUACUCUCCCAGAGAAUUUCUUCGUUCAGACUCCAGAGUUUUUUUGAAGUCAGAAAAUAAUAAUGAAGUGAGAGUUGCAACCAACGAUACAAGGCUGAAAAUCAACAUUUUUGACGUUCCCGACGCCGGAUUCAUUUCUGAGGAUAGAUGUUUUGAUAAAAAUACAUCAUGUAUUAACGGUGUCUGUGAUCCUCUGGUGGGAAAAUGCGUCUGUCCAAGGAGAAUGCGAGCAAUCAGACUUAAGGGAGGCAAUGAAGAGGACAUGCGAUGUGUGUUCAAAUGUGAUCAAAAGUGCCAGAGUGGUUUCUUUGAAGUUUCUUCUUGCAAUCACACGCAUCAAGCUGUAUGCAAAAAGUGUCGUCCUCAGUGCAGUUUUAAGGAAUUUGAAUCCGUUCCAUGCACCGGAAAAACAGACAGAAAUUGUACUGACAUAUCUCAGCUGCCUCAUAUUCAAGUUUCUCCAAACAUUGUCUAUGAAGAUGUUUUAAAGGCUAAAGAUGAUACACCACUAAGAAAAACUGUCAGCAAUGAAUCAAGCUCUUCCAGCCUCUGGUUUAACCGAUCAAGUGGUCUGGCGAUAAAGUUUCGAAUACUAACCAUCGACUACGGCACGACCUUCCGUGAAGUCAAACAUGACGCUAACGACAACAGUAAGCUUCCAAAAGACGUGACCUCACAGAUUGUGCUAAGGGAAUUAUGCAGCUCCCCAGUUCCGGACUAUUACCGGAUAGAUUUAAAGGAGUCUUCUGAAAAUGUGCAGAUUAUUAAAGGACAACCGAACACUCCUUGCCCAAGGUAUGAUGGGAAGUUGAAAACUCUGCCGACCCAAGGAAAUAUACUUUCGUGUAAUGGCGCUGAAAAUCCCGUCGUUAGGCUAUUUGGCGUCGAAAACAGGAACCAAGACUAUUGGAAAGAAGAGAGUUCCAAAGCUUGUCACACACUAAGGAACGAUUGCAACAAAUGUCGCAAUGAAUGUACGAUUAGUUCCUUAAAGAACCCUGUCUGCUCUCUAACAAGGAGCAAUACCUUACAUGACUCGAAGCAAGAGUAUGGAGAGCACUUUAUGUAUUGCUUUGAUUGCUGUUUCCGAGAGAACUGCACCUGUUCGAGCUGUGCGUGUACGCAUUACAAAUCUUCAUGCAUCGAUUCACAGGUCACUUGCGUUGGGGAAAAACAGUUCAUCAUUCCUAUCACACCUGUAUUUUCCAGUGGGAGACAUUUCAAAUGUCACGUGAAGUUAUCGAGAGGUCCCGUAUUCGAGUUCGAGGCGUCUCUAUGGAAAGAUGGAAAGUUUUUGAGGAAAAUUCAAGAGAAACGCGACAAGAACUAUACCCAAGAAACUGGUCGAGAAACGACAAGCUACGACUAUGGUUACAUAGUUUUAAGACAUUCCUCCAAGAUCAGAAAUAACUUGGGAACUUUUUUGAUGAUAAGUGGCAAAGUUGGAGAGUCAAACUUCAGUGUGGGCUGGUAUAAAACCGAACAAAAAUCAGAACCACACAACACCACUGACAAGCUUUUUAUUCAACCUACAGAACCUUUUAAAAUAAACACGAACAGUUGGCCACAAGAUAACUGCCAAACUUUCGACGCAGAGAAAUUUUUGGUAAUCACACCCAAAGCAUCAAUAAAUAACUUUGAAAAGCUAACACAAGUUACGGCAAAAGUAGCUCAUGAGGAUAGUGGACGAGUGUAUAAAGUAUUCAACAACUCAGGCUCGCAAGAAGUCCAUAUUGAGGUCCCAUCUGAACGCUCCAUACUGCAACAUGUGUAUCCAGGGACGGUUAUAUUGAAUGAUAACUCGUUUGCUGGAAAGCUUUUGAGAAAUAGGACAUUCUGGACCAUACGUUUAACUGGACGAGUCAGUACCUGUCCAGGGUUCUUUGUGGCGAGGCUGACGGAUCAAGACCGACCAGAUGUAAACGUUUAUUACUAUGACAUUGCAGUAACAAAUGAAGACUGUCUCUUCCAAGUGGAAUUCAAUCUUCCCUCUGGUGGUAACGCAAACUUGAUCGAUAAACAGUUUGUUGUUCGCCUAACAGACUCCCGCAAGACUUUAAAACUCAUCCUCGUUAAUCCAAGAAGGAUACCUGAAUUUAAACCACCUGACAAUGACGAAACUUUUGAUCUGAAAAAGCUAGAAGUCUUUAUUCCAUUUGGUGGGGCAGCAGGAGGGAUGUUUCUCUUCUUUCUAGCAAUUCUUAUUUACGGUUAUAAAACACGCCCAAAAGAUAGCUACCACCGUGAUCGGGAUAAUGAACUACAUUUCAGGCAUAUCUUGUUUGUCGUCUGGUUUGUUGGAGUAAGACUUGUUAAGAGUUUCCUGUUAACACUGACUGCCCUGUUUGUAAUUCUGACUGCUGUUCACCAUACGAAUAUAAAGACACUCGAGAAAUAUAAGACCUUUCACGAGCAGCAGGCAAAACUAGAAGAAAAGUUUCUUCAGGAGAUGGACAAGCACAAAGCACAAGAAAUAGAUCGCCAAUGGUCGCUUCUCAGUGAAGGAAAGGCAGCUUGUGAGAAAAAUUUAAAGGCGCUGAACGUGUUCUUAGAGAAACAUUUCAGGGAAAUGAGAGAAAGACAGGAAGAAGAGAUGAAGCGGAAAUCUAUCCUGUACGCGGCGGAGGAUCGGAUCAAGAAACAAUUUUCUGCGUCAAAAGCAAAAUUCGAAAAGGAGAGGAAGCGACUUAAUGAGCGACUGGAGGCGUAUAGUAAUGAAAUAAAUACCAGGAUCUCACAGAUUCAAGCGAAAAUAGAGAAAAGCUUUUGGUUGAAGGUUGCUAAAGGACUUUACAAGUCUUUGGAUGGUCUAUCGAGAGCUUUUGGUGGAGGAGGUAUCAAAAAACCUUUUAUCGAGUGGGUCGGGCUAUCGGUCAAUUUUCCGAGUGUAAAGGCAAAACUUCCAUCGUUUGACGACAUUUUCCAAACUUUCGACAGUGAACCACCCAUCCCCUCAAAAAGAGCACAAGACAUCAAUCUCACUAUGUGGCAGAGAAAAACUCAGAUAAGCGCAAAAGUAAAUAUUCAGCAAGUAUCAGCUCCAAACGUUAACAUAUCACGCAAUCUGCGUAUAGGAAGAGCGGAAGAGUUGUUAGCUUUAGAAUGGAUCGUGCAGCUCUACAGGAACGGGAUUUUCAUAUCUGUAUUGAUUGUUUUUGAUGUACUGUGGUUUGUUUAUCGGCAUUGUAGAACAUACCAGUUGGCGAUUGUGCUUCUACAUGGCUUUCCGAAAGUGUUCAAGCUGGAAGAAAUACAAAAAAAAGAGGAGAAAAAGGAGGCCAAGAAGAAGAGGAAGGAAGAAAAGGCAAGGAUAAAUAAACAAAAAAACGAAGCAACAGGAAACGAAAAAGAGACAAAGGUUGAUGAAUUUAAUAUGAAGAAUCCAAAUCUCGAGGAUUCUUCCCGCCCACCUCGAUUUAUUGACUCUUCCCAAGAAAGUCUAUUGGAUCAAAGUCAAGAUUCGCUUCCAAAUGUUAGAAGUGACCUACCUGACAAAGAGAUCACUUUGCAAGAAUCAAAAAACAAGAGAGCCACUCGACUUGGAUUAAAGGGGCUUGACAAUCUUAACAAGGUUUUUCUAAAGUUUCUGGUCAAACUCAAACAGCUUAAUUAUCAAAUCAACAACACAAAUUUUGUUCCGAUGUGUUUGCUGUUGGUAAUUGCCAUUUUGUCGGUAUAUGUUGUCAUAAUAACUGCUAAGCACUCCAUGAACGUCGAAACUAUGGAAAUUGUUGGAUAUUUCGACCUUAAAAUGACACCGCUUCUGACCAUGAGGAAGAUUGUCAACACAAGAAUAACAUCAAAUGCUUUUUUGGUUAAUGACGUCCAUAUUCCGUACUACGAGAACAGAGUGAAUACAAGAAUCUCGUUCUACAGAAAGAAGGCUGAAAUGUACCAGGCGUAUCAAUGCGCAAAAGCUGACUUGCAUAAUGAAGAGUACUGCUCGUGGGCUCAGGAGCCUGGAAUGGAUUGUGAUGGAGUGGGACCGUAUAGCAAGGACUUUUUAAACAAGCUGACGCAGUUUGAAUGUAACUUAGAACCGGUUAUUCCACAGAGAUUUACCAAGUUCGACCGUUUUCGUUACAAAGAAGUCCACAAAAAGGCUCUAUCUCCUUAUUUGGCAGCCCUUCGAGGAGUUAUCUUGGACACGUUUUACAUGUUUUUGGUUAUCAUUGGUAUUGUCAUCCUUUCCAAAGUACUGGAAAUCGCAUUGUUUUUCUUGCUUAAGAGAUUCGAUCUAGUACGCCAAGUUAAACACUAUCAAACGCACCGAGACCUCAAGGGGGAGUUAAGUGUUCCACAUUGUAUCAAAUAUCCUUCAAAUGAGAGCAUCAUUAGGCAUGUGGGACCUCUUCACAUGUCCAACGAGAUGAUAGCGACGUUUGGGUCGAACAUCCACGAAGGAAAAAGUAUCCAAUGGAUCAAGUGAAGAAUAAAAUCGUUUUGAUCCCAAUAUUUCUGACCAUGGACUACUUUUAAACUAGAGCUAUUAAAUGAAAUAUCGUGGUUGUAAA